CGUGCGCGCUGCCGCGGCAGGACGAUCCGCCCGCGUGAUGUGUGGGACAUAAUGGUGGAUAGGUAGUGAACACACUUUUUAGCUCGGUGAGAGUAGCUCAUCAGCUCGCCUCUUCUGACUCGACAGUUGCUCUCUGCCGCUGCACGCUCGGACUGAACGACGCACUGGAUCGCAACAAAAUGCCCAACAUCAAAAUAUUCAGCGGUAGCUCACAUCCGGACCUGUCCCAGAAAAUAGCAGACCGCCUGGGUCUCGAACUGGGCAAGGUUGUUACGAAGAAAUUUAGCAACCAAGAAACAUGCGUGGAGAUAGGGGAGAGUGUACGUGGGGAAGAUGUCUACAUUGUGCAGAGUGGCUGUGGGGAGAUCAAUGACAAUUUGAUGGAGCUGCUGAUCAUGAUCAAUGCCUGCAAGAUAGCCUCUGCCUCCAGGGUCACGGCUGUCAUCCCUUGCUUUCCGUAUGCCCGGCAAGACAAGAAGGACAAGGUGGGGAGCCGCGCUCCUAUCUCUGCCAAGUUGGUGGCCAACAUGUUGUCGGUGUCGGGAGCUGACCAUAUCAUCACUAUGGACUUACAUGCCUCACAGAUACAGGGAUUCUUCGAUAUCCCUGUUGACAACUUGUAUGCAGAGCCAGCUGUGUUAAAAUGGAUCAAAGAGAACAUCCCUGAGUGGAAAAACUGUACCAUUGUUUCACCUGAUGCAGGAGGAGCCAAGAGGGUCACCUCAAUAGCAGACAGGUUGAAUGUAGACUUUGCUCUUAUUCACAAGGAGAGGAAAAAGGCAAAUGAGGUCGACCGCAUGGUCCUCGUCGGAGAUGUGAAAGAUCGGGUUGCUAUUCUUGUUGACGACAUGGCUGACACAUGCGGCACAAUCUGCCAUGCUGCAGACAAACUAAUUUCCGCUGGUGCCACCAAGGUGUAUGCCAUCCUGACUCACGGCAUCUUCUCUGGCCCCGCUAUUUCACGCAUCAACAAUGCUUGCUUUGAAGCUGUGGUGGUAACCAAUACAAUCCCUCAGGAGGAAAAGAUGAAGCAUUGUCCAAAAAUACAGGUUAUUGACAUCUCCAUGAUCCUUGCAGAGGCCAUCCGUAGAACUCACAACGGCGAGUCUGUGUCAUACCUGUUCAGCCAUGUCCCCUUGUAACAAAUAGUGUCUACCACCUACUGUGUGCUGUUACACCAAAAAAAGAGAAGAGGGAAUUCUCCAACCUAAACAGAAAACAUUAACAAAGCUGUUCUCGAAACUAACCUCAGAGAUGUUAAAAAAAAAAAAAAAAAAAAAGAAAGAAAUUCAAAGGAAUGAACUGUCAUGUCUGUUACUAAUGCUGACCCUUCUCUCUUGAGCAGUGUCUGUUCAUGUUUGGGGCACCAAAGCAAGCGCAAGCGCAGUUUAGCCCAGCAUAUUUAUUGUACAUGGGUAAAUAAGUGUUUAUCCACUGUGAACUUUGUGACACCCCACUCCCUUCAUAACAUAUAAACAUUUCUCCUCUCGUCAGAGCUUAUAUUAAUAUCCCUGGCAGGUUCCUCUGGUCAGGAGAAGCCACAUAAAUCUGUUACAGUGCUUUCUGUCACAAUAAAUGAGUGAAGUUUUUCAUGUUGCUCUUGGAUCCUCUGCUGUUUUAAAGAGUAUAAUUAAUGAAGUGAAUGUGUAUUGAACUAGUUUACAGUGCCACUGAAGCUCCACUCAACCAAGAGUGCCUCAACAGUCUGAAAUGUUAAACAGUCUAUAAAAGUCAAAGUCUAUCUUAUCAUAAAAUCAGAUUACUUUUAUUCCAACCCACCCACUCCCAGACUCUUAUUUAGCUGGGAUCAUUUUUUUUUUCACUGGAUGAAGGAGCUUUUAUGUGUCUUAUCAGGCUGUAAAAGAUGUUUUGGGAUGUUUCUUUCAACUCUUGAGGUGCCCUCAUUGAGUGGGGUUUGCCCAGUGUCCAGGGUUUACCCUUUGAGAUUCUGUGUUGAAGGUCUUUUUAUAGAGAAGCUGAGGGGUUUGGGGUCUCUGCAGGCUGGAGCUUCCAUCAGAAGUGUUCGCCUGCUACUUCUGUUUUUCUUUGCAUCUUGGUCUUUUUUGUAUGUCUGGAGGAAGGAUAAUUAACGUGCAUAGUCCAAACCUCUGUAUUUUAGUUUUUCAGUAGCGUGAAUGUGCCAGUUAUCUGAAGAUGCAUUCGUAAUAAAGUUAUAUAUGCGCAAAAUCUUAAA